AUGAAAGAAGGAGAGUAUGUGUACAAAUGGAACAGCAAUAAUAUUUUCCAAAAGAAGACGUUGAAAUUUUUCUACCUAGAUGUAAAUAAUUAUUGCAUACGAUGGAAUUCGAAAAAAAAAAAAGUAAAAGAAAAUAAAAACCCAACUUUGUACAUAUGGGAUAUUAUAAAAAUAUUGGACGGAUCAGAAUCUUCCUUUUUUAAAAAAAAAGAAGAAGAAAAAAAUUUAUCUAUUGAAAUUAUAAGUGCCCAAAGAAAUUUGAGAAUUACCUUCCUCGACAUACAGAGGUGGAAGAUGUGGCUCUUCGGCUUGAUGUAUUAUCAGUACAAAUUUAUUAACAAAGGAUCGGGCAAAAAAAAAAUGAAGUCCUUCAUAUAUGAAAGCAACAAACUGUACGAUAAUUACAUCAUAUCUGGUCUAAAGGAUAUCAAUGCAUUGACACUCUCCCAGCUCUACAUCAUUCUGAGGAGUCUGAAUAUUUAUUUGAACAUGAAGAUUUUAUAUCAUUACUUUUCAAUAUAUAAAAAUAAAGGAACUGUUAACUACGUAGGUUUUACUAAAAUUCUGGAGCACAUUUUUUCAAAUAAACAUAUUACCACACAUUUUGAUAUGUAUAAGGGGAAAAACUCCAGCUGUAUAGAUAAGAGGAGCUUUAUCGAAUUCUUGAUUGAUGUGCAGUGUGAGGGGAAAUGUGAGGAGAGGAUUUUCAGGGGAGGCGACACAGAAGAAGGAGUAGUAGUACCCAUCGCAGUGGAUCCUACGCCAAGGGAUGGUACCAAAAAUGCAGAAAAUAACUCUGAAGGAAUCCACCAGAAGAAGGAGAAAAAAGGUGAAAAUAACCCCUGCGGAGAAGCGAAUUUGGUUGGUAAGCACAAACCAAGAGGAGAUAUCGUCACAGCUAAUUCUGUGAAGAACUAUUUUGGCAACUACCAGUGGGGAGGUACCUUUAUGAAAAAUAUGAAUAAGGAAGGAGUUAAUCAAAAUGACUUGCACUUCGGUAUGAGCAAUUUACCAAAUACAUUUCUCCUGCCGGAUAAUUGGAUGUGCCAAGAUGAAGACUACAUCACUGUGUUAAAUAUACUGAGAGGUAAGCUAGGUUUGGGUACCGCAAAGGGGGAGAAGGGUGGGAAUCGUGAAGGUUUCGCAACCGGUGGGGGUUACCACAGCGAUGGCUUCAGUGGGAACAAAAGGUGGGGCGAUGAGGGCAGUAGGUGGGGCGAUGCGAACAGUAGGUGGGGCGAUGCGAACAGUAGGCGGGGCGAUGCAAACAGUAGGCGGGGCGAUGCAAACAGUAGGUGGAGCAGUGCAAACAGUGGGCGGGGCUAUCGCAGAGGCCACCGCAGCGACAGCGCUGACAACGCCAAAGUGAGUAGUCACCAUGGUGGAGAGUGCAUCCUCCCCCAGGAACAACGACGAAGCGAGAAAAGCGAGUCCUGCUACAUUAGAGCCAAAGCAAUAUAUAAAUUGCUAAACACGAUAAAGAAGUAUAACAUCCCAUUUGUUAUGAUUAAUGAAGACAAGCAUUACUUGACGCAGAUCGGGCUGGUGUACUUCCUGCUGUCAAAGGAAAAUAGCAUAAUGUGCCCAGAAUACUCCAAAGUUUACCAAAAUAUGAACCUACCCCUUUGUAACUACUGGAUUAAUAGCAGCCACAACACCUACCUUGGGAGGAAACAAAUUUUCAGCUCAAGCAAUAUCGAACAAUAUAUUUACAUCCUCAUAGAUGGAUGUAGAUGUGUCGAAUUCGAUUGCUAUUAUUUUAAUAAAAAUAUCGUUGUUUAUCAUGGGUUCUAUGGAUAUAAGUUAACCUCUUCCAUCCUUUUCUGUGACACACUCAUUGCAUGCAAACUGUUUGGAUUUACAACCUCCCCCUUCCCCAUCAUCCUGUCAUUAGAAAUUCACUGCAAAAAUAAGCACAAAAAUUUAAUUGCUAAAAUUUUGAUAUGUAUCCUAGGCAAUCAGCUGUACAUCCCCAAGAGUAGAGACGAAAUUAAUAACAUCACUCCGGAUAAUUGUAAAAAUCGAUUUUUGGUGAAAUAUAAACACUUUGAGAAUAAUGAAAACUCGGGGUUUUACUUCAUCUUUGAGGGUCUGCAGAGUGUCAUGUACGAUGAGCUGGGGUACAUUUCUGACAUCAUUGGCGAUCCUGAUGAGGAUACAGAGGAGCAGGAUGGUCCCUUGGGGGACGUGCACAAUCUUCUCCGUGGUGGUAGCGGCGACAGCGACAGUAGUGAUGAAAACAAAAUUGAGAGAAACGAGGAUUGCCACGCUCAGAGGAAAAGUAACCGCCGCGACCGGAAAAGCCCAAACCAUCGUGACGAUGACGACAUCGAGAAACAAUUUGAUAGCUACAUAAAGAACAGCAUUCAGAAGGGGUACAUCCACGAACGGAAAAAGCGAAGCAUUUACAUGAGCAGUUUGUGUCAUGACCCUGACGCUGUGGAGAAGGACCAGCGAGAUGAUUCCUCCCACAGUGAUGACAACCCCCAAGUGGUAAAAGGCACGAUGCUUUCGAGGCACAAAAAGGGAAAAAGUCACAGUAGGAGCUCCACUCAGGGGGAAGAUGAUAAUGGCCCACGUAAUACCCCACUAAAUGGAGUACCUAAAGAAGAAGAGGAUGCUGAUGGUGAUGUCCCCCCGCUGGCUAGAGAAAAACUUGUAAAUGGAACUCCCGAAGAGGGGGAAAAAAAAACGGAAAAUCAGAACGCAAGAAAUAAUAACAUACUAAAUGAGUACUCCUGCUUGAAGGGAUACGCGUUUCAGAAUUUUUGCGAAAAUAGGACAUACAACGAAAUAUGCUCGAUUAGCGAAAAUAAAUUUAUCAAGUUGAUUAAAAAGAAUGAAGAAGAGAUAAUAAAGUAUAACCAGAAAACGUUGACGCGAGUGUACCCUUCUGGUACAAGAUUGGCAUCCACCAACUUUAACCCACUCAUUUUCUGGAGCGCAGGAAUACAGUUUGUGGCGUUAAAUUAUCAGUACAAUGGGCUGAGCAUGCUACUCAACAAAGGAAGGUUUCUAGAAAAUGGAGGAAAGCACUCAGGGUACAUCCUAAAACCAGAAAUUUUACGGUUUAAUGAAAAAAAGGACUACAAUAUUUUGCACCUCGAUCUGCAGAUACUGUCCUUGCAUCAGAUCAACUUCUUAUUUUCCAUCAAAAAUAAAUAUCAAGAGAAGAAAUUAAAAAAAAAAUUAUUCAAAAUGGAUAUGAUACAACGUAUUCAGACACACAAAAAAAUUAACAAAAAAAUGAAAAAUUUUAAAGAUGUACAAAAAUUAGAAAAGGAAAAAAAACUCAGAUGUACAAUCAGAUGAAUGAAAAAAUUUAACGAUAAUGACAAUGACGUUAAUUAUAUUCAUAGCAAAUGCUUGAAUGUGGAAGAGAAAUAUGAGGACAUGUUAUCUGAAUAUAAAUCCUUCCUAUUGUGUUCUUCCCUCUCGCACAGCAGUAGUUUUAACAGCUGCAGCAGCAAUACUACUACGUCCAAUAAUGCUACUACCGAUUCGACUAAGAAUAAUUCUUCCAAGUCCAAAAAUAGGAGUUUCUACCAAACUUUUGAGGAGUUGAAGAAGGCAAACAAUUUGUUUUUCUAUUUGUAUGUCACCAUAUCUGUACACGGCUAUAAUGAGCACAAGUACUACUUCAAAACGGAGAUCGCCAAGGUCAAUUUUUACGACCUCAACUAUUGUUGGUCAAAGCCAUCAAUUUUCCAAAUGAAAAUAAUGUACCCUUCACUGGCCCUCAUUGUGUUUGAGCUGAAAACUUAUGACACCGUAAAAAGCGAACUCAUUGCUUGCGCCUGCUUCCCAGUUAAAUGCCUCCGAGAAGGCAUCCGAUUUGUGCCGCUGUGCGACAAAUACUUGAAGGACAUAAAAGGAUCGGGCAUUUUGGUUAAUCUAAAAAUUGGCACAAAUGGAAGCUGA